AUGGAGUGUUUUUCAGAUUCUUCAGCUGAGAGGCCAUCUGUCAUUGAAAGUGGCACAUUCACCUGCUCAUCACUUCUGCAGCAGUCUAUCGCUCUUUCUAUCCAAGAGAACAGCAAGUGCUUUCCGCUUUGCUUCAGAAAAGAGCAAACUAGUUCCCUGAGGGAUGUUUUUCUACUCAGUAGAAUCCAGCAUUGCCUCCGUGGGCACUUGUCUACCAUUCCUGACCUGCAGCACAUAGGGCCUCCACGACUGAAAAAUGAAGAUGACUGUAAGAGCUCUGAUGAACCUGUUUGGACAACAGACAGCAACAAAUACCUGUCUCGGUGGAGGAGUUUAAGAGCACUGCAGAGAUUCUCAGACAGUACAGAAUAUCUUGGCUCGCACAGGCCACUCUCUUUAUCUCAAAACAAUACCAGCCAAGCUCCUCUGUACCUACAACUGAAGAGCUGCAGGAACAGGAGGACAGUAGCUAACACAGCUUUUAAAUUGAAUCUCCUUGUCUUAUUAAAAAAAGAAAAAGAAAGAAAAAGAAAAAAAGAAAAAGACAUGCAUUCUAAGCAAGAUGAGGUAUCUGAUUCCAAGGAAGAAAACUAUGCACGGCAGGUUGAAGCUACAGGGGCAGUCCUGACUGGUUUUUCUCCAUCCAGCUACUUUACUUACGGCCCUUUGAAACCAGCAGUUCCUGUGGAUCAGGACUUAAAGUGUAAACUUUUCAAAAAGAGAUGGUUUAAUUUACUCAACAACGUGUGAAUAUGCCCUGUUGCUGUAACUCAGAUGCUACCAGUUAGCUAGAUCAUGUAUCAAAAGUGUAAUCUGCAAGAGCAACAUGAACUGGUGAAAUGUACCUCUGAUGCUGGUUUCCUAUGUUAUUUUGUAGAAUUUUUGUAAUUAUCUUGCUGAGUCGUAAUCCCUGACAUUUGCUUUCACAAAGCAUCUAGUGGAGAAUGCAAUACCCUAAUUAUGUUUCUGUGAAAGAGUUGAGGGGAAAAAAAAGUUGCGCUCUUUAGCACAGCAUUUUAAAGAAAAGCUGUUUCAUGAAUAGUAUAUAUAUCAAAUUUUGCGAAGGCUAGGGAUACUUUACCAACUGUAGUUCCUGGUUGUUUUAUAUCACAGUAUAUCAACAUAGUUGAACAUAUGUUAAUCGUAAGUUCUUUUCUAAACUGCGUGCUGUACUUGCCUACAUCCUAAGCAAAAUAGGCACUGGCUCCAGCCUAAAUAUUUUUCUAUAUUUAUGUUUGCUAUCUUAUGUUUUUAAGUAUUUUCUGAGAUGGAUAAGUAUUUUCUGAGAUAGUUACCACAUUUUAAAUAAAUAUCUUUUGUUUAAAAAAAAAUCCGUGCUUUCUCAUAUGACGUUUUACAGUAGCUUUUAUAUUAAAGAAAUGAAGAUCAAGAAUAACAGUGAGUUUGAAUUGCAGCUUAUAAAGAUCUCCUCAUGUUCUAUUCUUUUAUAUAGGGAACUAGACGCAAACAAUGUGAAGUUGUAAAACUGAUU